UGUGCCAUGUGGGAGGUCGUGAGUGGACCCAGAGGGUGAUGUUAGCAGGGCGAGUUGAGUUCUUCGAACACUUAAGUCGGAGGGACUGCUGAAGACGCAACCCAACCAACCAUGGCUGCUUCUGAUCCCAACAAGUUGAUGGCCAAAGCUGAUAAACAAACAAGACUCAGUCUCACGAGGUGGAGUGCGGAUUGGAAAAGUGCUACUGUUCUAUAUGAGCAGGCAGCUAAUGGGUUUAGAGUUGCCAAGGACUAUGAGAAUGCCAAAAUAGCAUAUGAGAAAGCUUCGAAAGGACAAGAGAUGCUUUCUUCACCUUGGGAUGCAGCUAAGCACAUGGAAUCUGCUGCUGCUCUAGCGAAGGAUCUAAGACACUGGCAAGAAGUUGUGGACUUCUAUCGAAGGGCAUCUGAAUUGUAUAUGGAGUGUGGGAGACCCCAACCUGCAUCAGACGCUCUUGCAAAGGGAGCCCGUGCUCUGGAAGAUAGUAUGUCUGAAGAAGCUAUUCAGUUAUAUACAGAUGCUUGUACAAUUCUUGAAGAUGAUGGAAGAGAACAAAUGGCCUUUGAUCUUUAUCGUGCUGCCACUAAUGUUUAUAUAAAACUUGAAAAAUAUACAGAUGCAGCAUCUUUCAUGUUGAGAUUGGGCUUGGCAGCUGACAAGUGUAAUGCUACCAAUAGCCAGUGCAAGGCAUAUCUUAAUGCAAUUGUUAUCUACCUUUAUGCCCAUGACUUUAUCCAAGCUGAGAAGUGUUAUAAUGACUGUUCUCAGAUUGAUGCUUUUCUGAGAAGUGACCAGAAUCGUUGUGCUAGCAAGCUACUUGCUGCCUACAGAGAUGGAGAUGUUGAAGAAAUCAAACGUAUUGCGCAGUCAAGUGUUAUUUCACAUCUUGACCAUGUGAUCGUUAAGCUUGCGAGGAAACUUCCAACCGGUGAUGUGAGUGCAUUGAAGGCUGAAGAUGAAGAGGAGGCACUCGAUGAAAAUGACCUCACUUAACCUCUGACUCUUUUUCUAUCUGUUUAUUAAUAGGAGUCUUGAUGAACCCAUUUCCAUUUGAUGUGUGAAUUGAAUUGAUCAGUAUAUAUUGGUUUUUGUAUAAAAAAACAUUUUGUUCUUGUUAUACAUGUGGAAUGCAGGUAAGAGGAGCAUUGUUGUUUAUCCAUAAGAAUUGAACAUGGUACCAAGGGAUGUACAACAUGCAAACAUUCUUCUCAAUCAACUGAGUAAACCAAAAUUUUGGACAUUUAUCUUCUAA